UAAUCAAUUAAAAUCUAUUUUUAAUUUAUAUUACUCCAAGUACGGGUCCUCCUAAUACAGAGGAGUCAAAUCAAAAGUGCUUUUUUUAUGGGUCCCUUCUCUGCUCUCUUCUGUGUUUCUCUCUCAGUUUCACCGUUUUCUGGAAAAUCACCACCAGACAUUAUAUAUAUAUAUAUAUAUAAAUUCUUUUUUAUAUUUUGUCUUGCCUAGCAGUCUCCGUCUUCUGAAUCUUGGGCGCCACGUUAUCCUGCGCCCAAGGAAAGGCCAACAGGCCUCCUUUGACCCUCUCUCUCUGUUGACUAUACCUCUGUGAGCAUGCGAAUUUCCAUAUAUAUACACACUCAAAAUCUUCAGCUUCUUCAGUACACAUAUUAGCAGAGCAUUUUCUUUGUUCUUUAAAGUUCAAGAAAAAGCACCCCCAAAUAAAAGGCUCAGAAUCAAUGGAGAAUCUUGGUUCAUCAAAAAAUGGUAUGCAAACCUACUUCUCGUUACUAAGGAACUCAGGUACUGACUUCUUCCUUAAACCCAUUUUUCUACGUGGGUUUUCUGGUUCUUUUCACCUAGUUUUGUUAUUAGUCCUGUUCAUCCUGUGGGUUUGCAAAAAAAUUUGGGUAGGUCGUGGAGAGGGUACAAAAGAGAGGUUUAGGAGCACCAAAGUUUUGUUGUUUAAACUGACCUCUAUUUGUAGUUUGGGUGUUUCUGCGUUUAAUCUGACAUUGUGCUUAUUGUCCUACUUUUAUUGGUAUAGAAAUGGUUGGUCUGAAGAGGGGCUAGUGACCCUUUUGGAUUUAGCCCUUAGAACACUAGCUUGGGGUGCUGUUUCUGUUUACUUGCAUACCCAAUUCUCCAAUUCCAGUGAAUCAAGGUUUCCAUAUCCAUUGAGAGUCUGGUGGGGUUUCUACUUCUUUAUUUCUUGCUAUUGCCUUGUUGUUGACGUUGUUCUUCAAAGGAAACACUUUUCAUUACCCAUUCAAUCCUUAGUGUCUGAUGUUGUUUCUGUUGUUACGGGUCUGUUUUUCAUAUACGUGGGGAUUUUUGGGAAUAAAGAAGGUGAAGAUACCUUUUUGGAGGAGCCCCUUUUGAAUGGUAGUUCUAGUCUUGAUAAUAAUGCAGAGUCAAAUAAGAAUAAAGGGGAUACGACUGUAACCCCCUAUUCGAAUGCUGGAAUUUUCAGUAUUCUGACUUUCUCUUGGUGUGGUCCUCUAAUUGCCGUUGGCAAGAGGAAGACUUUAGACCUCGAAGAUGUUCCUCAACUUGAUCCUGGUGAUAGCGUAGUUGGUGCAUUACCAGCUUUUAGGAGUAGGCUCGAAUCUGAGUGUGGUACAAUUAAAAGAGCGACCACACUCAUGUUGGUGAAAGCAUUAUUCUUCUCAGAAUGGAAAGAGAUUCUUUUUACUGCCUUUCUCGCACUACUGUAUUCUGUGUCUUCUUAUGUUGGUCCAUAUCUUAUUGACACUUUUGUUCAAUAUCUCAAUGGACAACGCGGCUUCAAAAAUGAGGGCUAUGUUUUAGUGUCUGUUUUUCUUAUUGCAAAGAUCAUCGAGUGCCUCUCGCAAAGGCACUGGUUCUUUAGGGUGCAACAGGUUGGAAUAAGAAUCCGAGCAGUAUUGGUUGCUAUGAUCUAUAAUAAGGGUUUGACCAUGUCAUGCCAGUCCAAGCAGGGGCACACUAGUGGAGAGAUCAUCAAUUUCAUGACUGUUGAUGCUGAAAGAAUUGGUGACUUUGUUUGGUACCUGCAUGAUCCGUGGAUGGUCAUUGUGCAAAUUGCUUUGGCCUUGGUGAUUUUGUAUAAAAAUCUUGGUCUUGCUGCAACUGCAACAUUUGUUGCGACUGUAGUUAUUAUGCUGUUGAACAUCCCUUUGGCAAGCUUGCAAGAGAAGUUUCAGGACAAGUUGAUGGACGCAAAAGAUAGAAGGAUGAAGGCCACGUCUGAGAUUUUGAGGAACAUGAGGAUUCUCAAAUUGCAAGCAUGGGAGAUGAAGUUUUUAUCUAAGAUUGUAGAUCUGAGGAACUCUGAAACAGGGUGGUUGAAAAAGUUUGUUUUAACUAAUGCCAUUACUACAUUUGUCUUCUGGGGUGCCCCCACAUUUGUUGCUGUAGUUACUUUUGGUACUUGUAUGCUUUUAGGGAUCCCACUUGAAUCUGGGAAAAUCUUAUCUGCUCUUGCUACGUUUAGGAUUCUUCAAGAGCCCAUCUAUAAUCUCCCAGACACAAUUUCAAUGAUAGCACAAACUAAGGUAUCCCUUGAUAGAAUAACAUCAUUUUUCCGUCUUGAUGACUUGCAAUCUGAUGUUAUAGAGAAGCUUUCAAAAGGCAGUUCUGAUUUGGCAAUUGAGAUAGUUGAUGGAACUUUCUCUUGGGAUUUAUCUUCCCCAAGGUCAACAUUGAGAGAUAUUAAUUUUAAAGUGUCUCAUGGUAUGAGGGUCGCUGUUUGUGGUAGUGUUGGCUCAGGCAAGUCAAGCUUGCUUUCCUGUAUCCUAGGAGAAGUUCCAAAGAUAUCUGGGACCAUUAAAUUGUGUGGUUCAAAGGCCUAUGUUGCUCAGUCACCAUGGAUACAGAGUGGCAAAAUAGAAGAGAACAUUUUAUUUGGCAAGGAGAUGGACAGAGAAAUGUACGAGAGGGUUUUAGAAGCAUGUUCCCUGAAGAAGGACUUAGAAAUUCUCUCAUUUGGUGAUCAGACAGUAAUAGGGGAGAGAGGAAUCAAUUUGAGUGGGGGACAAAAGCAAAGGAUACAAAUUGCACGUGCCUUGUACCAAGAUGCCGAUAUCUAUCUAUUUGAUGAUCCAUUUAGUGCUGUGGAUGCUCAUACUGGAUCCCACCUAUUCAAGGAGUGCUUACUUGGCCUUUUGGGUUCAAAAACAGUGAUUUAUGUUACUCAUCAAGUGGAGUUCUUACCUGCUGCUGAUCUUAUAUUGGUAAUGAAAGAUGGACAAAUUACCCAAUCUGGGAAGUACAAUGAUAUUCUUAACUCAGGAACUGAUUUUAUGGAACUUGUGGGUGCACACAAGAAAGCAUUGUCUACAAUCAAUUAUGCAGAAGCACGGUCAGUUGAAAAAACAAGUAUUUGUAAGGAAGAUGGGAAUUUGGCCAGUCAAAAUGAGGUUUUGGAGAAAGAAGUGAGCAGAGAUGUUCAAAAUGAUAAAACUGAUGUAGUUGGCCCAAAAGGGCAGCUUGUUCAAGAUGAGGAGAGAGAGAAAGGGAGAGUUGGUUUGUCAGUCUAUUGGAGAUAUCUCACAACAGCUUAUGGAGGAGCCCUUGUUCCUUUGAUAUUGCUGGCACAGAUUCUGUUUCAGAUCCUUCAAAUUGGAAGCAAUUAUUGGAUGGCUUGGGCAAGUCCUGUUUCAGCUGAUGCAGAUCCUCCUGUUGGAGGAACUAAACUUUUAAUUGUCUAUGUUGCUUUGGCCGUUGGAAGUGCUUUUUGUAUCCUUGCAAGAGCUACGCUACUUGCAACAACUGGGUACAAGACAGCCACACUACUCUUUAAUAAAAUGCAUUUGUGCAUUUUUCGUGCUCCGAUGUCAUUCUUUGAUGCCACCCCAAGUGGACGAAUUCUAAACAGAGCUUCCACUGAUCAAAGUUCUGUGGAUCUGAACAUUCCUUACCAAGUUGGUUCUUUCGCUUUCUCUUUAAUCCAGCUCCUGGGAAUAAUUGCAGUAAUGUCCCAGGUGGCAUGGCAGGUUUUCAUAAUUUUUAUCCCUGUCAUUGCAAUCUGUAUCUGGUAUCAGCAAUAUUACAUACCUUCAGCACGAGAAUUAGCUCGGUUAGUUGGGGUCUGCAAAGCUCCAGUAAUUCAGCAUUUUGCUGAAACAAUUUCAGGCUCAACAACCAUAAGGAGCUUUGAUCAAGAUGCAAGAUUUCAAAACACAAACAUGAAGCUGACGGAUGGAUAUUCCCGCCCUAAGUUCAAUGUUGCUGGUGCAAUGGAAUGGCUGUGCUUCCGCUUGGAUAUGUUGUCUUCUAUUACUUUUGCCUUCUCUUUGAUUUUCUUGGUCUCUGUCCCAGAGAGAACCAUUGAUCCAGGCAUUGCGGGCUUAGCAGUGACAUAUGGUCUUAAUCUAAAUAUGCUACAAGCUUGGGUUAUUUGGAAUCUUUGCAAUAUGGAGAAUAAAAUUAUAUCAGUUGAGAGAAUACUUCAAUACACUAGCAUCCCAAGUGAGCCUCCUCUUGUAAUAGAAACAAACCAGCCAGAUCGUUCUUGGCCAUCCCAUGGAGAAGUUGAGAUUCGUGAUCUGCAGGUACGGUAUGCCCCACACAUGCCACUUGUCUUGCGAGGUCUCACAUGCAAUUUUCCCGGUGGAAAGAAAACUGGCAUUGUGGGGAGAACAGGCAGUGGUAAAUCAACUCUCAUACAAACACUCUUCCGACUUGUUGAACCUGCUGCUGGUCAGAUUAUAAUAGAUGGGAUCAAUGUCUCUACGAUUGGUUUGCAUGAUUUGCGGUCUAGGCUGAGCAUUAUCCCUCAGGAUCCAACCAUGUUUGAAGGGACUGUAAGAAGCAACCUGGAUCCACUUGAAGAGUACACUGAUGAACAGAUAUGGGAGGCGCUGGACAAAUGCCAACUUGGAGAUGAUGUUCGGAAGAAGGAAGGAAAGCUUGACUCUACAGUUGCUGAGAAUGGAGAAAAUUGGAGUAUGGGUCAGAGGCAACUCGUCUGUCUUGGUCGUGUGCUACUCAAGAAAAGUAAGGUUUUAGUUCUCGAUGAAGCUACUGCAUCCGUUGAUACAGCUACAGAUAAUCUAAUUCAACAAACCCUUCGCCAACACUUUUAUGAUUGUACGGUUAUUACCAUUGCGCAUCGUAUUACUUCUGUUCUCGACAGUGAUAUGGUUCUCCUUCUAAGUCAUGGGCUCAUUGAGGAAUGUGAUUCUCCAGAAAGGUUGCUAGAAAACAAGUCAUCAUCCUUUGCUCAGCUUGUAGCAGAGUAUAGUACAAGGUCAAAUUCUAGUUUAAUUUAAUUGUCAAAGCUAGAUUCUGUAGAGAGUUUCUUGACAAUGACGAAAAUCUACCCCUGGAAAUCAUGUGUACACUGUGCACGAUACAGUUUUGCUGUGUGACCAAGCUUGGGUUUACAGAUAUACACGUAUUAAUAGUGUAUAAUCCGGCUGUGGGUUUGAUGGAUAAAAUAAAUUCCAGGCCUUAUCUGUUAGGUU